UUUUUUUGUUUCAAUGCAGCGAAGUCGCCAUCUUGUUGGAUGUUGAAUUUUACAGGAAAAUUCAAAGAAUUUUCUCGUAUUUUAAUUUGUUUUAGUGUUAUAUGUGUUUUGUUCCGUAAUGUCUAAGCGCCGAAUCGAAGUUAUGGAUCCAUUUAUUAAAAAGAAAAGAGAGGAGAAAGCAGCAGCGGCUGCGAAGUCUGGUGGUAGCGGAGAGACAUCAGACUCAGCGAUCGCCACCAUUGGGAGCACCAUGCCGCCAACAGCCACCAGCACUCCUGGUGUUAACCCAUUCACUGGUUUACCACAUUCACAACGUUACCACGAGCUGCUCCGGCGUCGCCUCGGCCUCCCCGUCUGGGAAUACAAAAACGACUUCAUGAGACUCCUCAACGCCCACCAAUGUGUAGUCCUCGUCGGAGAGACGGGCUCCGGUAAAACAACACAGAUACCACAAUGGUCCGUGGAAUUUGCUGCAGUGACAGCCGGCAAGUCGAAAGGAGUAGCCUGUACACAACCGAGACGAGUAGCCGCCAUGUCAGUCGCACAAAGAGUAGCAGAGGAAAUGGACGUAGCGUUGGGACAGCAAGUCGGUUACAGCAUCCGUUUCGAAGACUGCUCCGGACCACAGACCAUCCUCAAAUACAUGACGGACGGUAUGUUGUUAAGAGAAGCAAUGUCAGACCCCAUGCUAGAACAAUACAGGGUGAUCCUACUCGACGAAGCUCACGAAAGGACGCUAGCCACAGACAUACUCAUGGGUGUACUCAAAGAAGUGAUAAAACAGAGGUCGGACUUAAAACUAGUUAUUAUGUCAGCCACCUUAGACGCGGGCAAGUUUCAACAGUAUUUCGACAACGCGCCGCUUAUGAACGUCCCUGGUAGAACACAUCCUGUAGAGAUAUUCUAUACGCCACAACCUGAAAGGGAUUAUUUAGAGGCAGCCAUCCGUACUGUCAUACAAAUACACAUUUGCGAGGAAAUAUCCGGUGAUAUCUUACUGUUUUUAACGGGACAGGAAGAGAUUGAGGACGCUUGCAAGAGAAUAAAGCGAGAAAUUGAUAAUUUAGGACCGGAUGCCGGUGAAUUGAAGUGUAUACCACUGUACUCCACGUUACCUCCUAACCUUCAACAAAGAAUCUUCGAACCAGCGCCGCCUAACAGAGCGAAUGGUGCAAUCGGACGGAAAGUAGUUGUCUCCACGAAUAUAGCUGAAACUUCCUUGACUAUAGACGGUGUGGUCUUCGUCAUAGACCCAGGUUUUGCGAAACAGAAGGUGUAUAACCCUCGUAUCAGAGUGGAGUCGUUGCUGGUGUCUCCCAUCAGUAAGGCGUCGGCGCAGCAGCGGGCUGGACGCGCCGGACGGACGCGGCCAGGGAAGUGUUUCAGGCUAUACACAGAGAAAGCGUACAAAAAUGAAAUGCAGGACAACACUUAUCCCGAAAUCUUAAGGUCCAACCUGGGGUCGGUAGUACUCCAACUGAAGAAACUAGGCAUCGACGACCUGGUGCACUUCGACUUCAUGGACCCUCCCGCGCCGGAGACACUCAUGAGAGCGCUUGAGCUGCUCAACUACCUCGCGGCUUUAGAUGACGACGGCAACCUGACGGACCUGGGCGCGGUCAUGGCGGAGUUCCCGCUCGACCCUCAGCUCGCCAAGAUGCUGAUCGCCAGCUGCAACCACAACUGUUCCAAUGAGAUCCUCUCGAUCACGGCUAUGCUGUCAGUCCCGCAAUGCUUCGUCCGGCCGAACGAGGCUCGCAAGGCGGCGGACGAGGCCAAGAUGAGGUUCGCGCACAUCGACGGAGACCAUCUCACGCUGCUCAACGUGUACCACGCGUUCAAACAGAACAUGGAAGACCCGCACUGGUGCUACGACAACUUCAUCAACUACAGAUCUCUCAAGUCUGGGGACAACGUGCGCCAACAGCUCAGUAGGAUAAUGGAUAGGUUUAAUUUAAAGAGAACAAGUACAGAGUUUACAAGCAAGGACUAUUACAUUAAUAUAAGGAAAGCAUUAGUUAAUGGAUUCUUCAUGCAGGUGGCCCACCUGGAGCGCACGGGCCACUACCUGACGGUGAAGGACAACCAGGUGGUCCAGCUGCACCCGUCCACCUGCCUCGACCACAAGCCCGACUGGGUCAUCUACAACGAGUUCGUGCUCACCACCAAGAACUACAUCCGCACAGUCACCGACAUCAAACCGGAAUGGCUACUAAAAAUCGCACCACAGUACUACGAACUAAACAACUUCCCACAAUGCGAGGCGCGGAGACAGCUGGAGCUGCUGCAGGCCAGGCUCGACUCCAAAGCCUACCAGGAGGGCUUCUAGGCCUCCGCCUGGCCUGUGCGGCCUCAUCUGGCCUCGGCUUGGACCGCAGUGACCGCAACACUCGUGUGAAAGUGACAGUGCAGUGUUUAUAGUGAUAUAGUAAUACUAAGCUAGUGUUAAAAUAGCUUUCGUGAGCCAAAUUCUGAAUUAUUUGAUUUAGACUCGCUCGCCUGCCACAUCAGCUCAUGAUUAGAAAUCCGGUUCGCUCUGAAAUCAGACAAUCCUGAUACAUAAAUGUGAGUAAACUGUUAUCAAAUUAUUGUUAUUGAAAAGCUAGAGUUUCGAUGAUAUUAUGACAAAUGAACCAAAACUGAAAUAUAUAUUUAAAGCAAGAAUAUUAUUAAGGAAGUGAGACUAGUAUUAUAUUUGCUUGUGCUAUGGUAACAACUGAGUUUAUAGACUUUGUAAGUACACCAUACUUGCUCCCGCAACUGGUUUGGUUCUGUUUUCCAACUUUAUUCAAUUUGAUUUGGUCUUGCAAUGGUAGUAUCUAGUCUAGUCGAUCGAGCGUAGUCCUAAAUCGCGCAACUGCACGAAUUUGUGCUAGUAUUGGCUUCAAGAGUAUCCACUCAAUUGC